AUGAAGCAAGUUGUUGGAGGUGGAACUCAACAACGUAAAUUGAAACCCAUUGUAUCUAGGAGUUCUAGUAAUCAACAACAAGUAUCAUCAACAACUCAACAGCAACAACAACAACCAUUAUUAAAAACUAAGGCCAGCCUCUCUGCAAAAAAUCUCAUACAAGCUGCUGCUAAGGAAACACCAUCCGAUUUAACUGCAUCAAACGAUAAUGAUUGGCAAACAAGAGCAUAUGGUGCAGUUGAACUUGUAGAUACAGCCUCAGCUUUUUCAUCAUCAACGGAGCACGAGAUUGAAGAAAUAUCACCAGAGGAUAGAGUCCCUUACUAUGAUGCCUCUCUAGAUAUCAAAGUCUCAAAUGUUGAGAAAGCAAUUAAUGGAAACAAAUUGGCAUCACAAGUAGUACAAGAACUAGGAGAAAUUGUUGAUGAUAAUACAGAUACACUAAUUGAUGAAGAAUAUGAAUUGGAAAAAAAGAAAUUAGUAGUGCUAAAGGAUCUGCAAAAAAAAUACCCUCUCUUUAACUCGCUAAAGGAUCAACCCCUUUUUCUUUCCUACAUUUCGGAACCAACUUUGCCAAGUCAACUUCCAAUCCAAACAACACAGGAAGAUGGUGAGGAAGAAGAGGAUGAAACAGAUGAAGAAAAACAAACACCAAAGGUACAAGCUCCUGAACCAGUUGUGGAGAGAACCGUGAUGGGAAAUGUUACUCUAGCAGAAAUAUUAUUGGAAUUGGAGUUGGAAAAAGUACAAAAGAAAAGGGAUGAAAUUGUUGAUGGUAAAUCGUCGAUAAUGACAACAGCUGCUUCCGAUAAAGUUAAAUUCAGUUCAGUGCCUUUCAGUGAGCAACGAAAAACUUAUUUGGAUUAUAGAAAGGAGAGGAAUGAACUUUUAGAACAAAUGCAGACGCUGCCAUCAAUUUCGUACAAGGAACCAACACACAAGUUAUUGGAAAAAAAAUUGGAUUUUUCUAUUGAGAAGAAGAAUUCCAAAACAUAUAUGGAGGGAUUUGUUUGUAAUUUCUAUAACUACUGGAGAGAAAUACUAAGAUUACAAUACUACAAAGUUAAUACAAGAUGGCAAAAAUUUGCAGAUAGGUCAGAUAUUAUUGAAAGAGCACAACCUAUGUAUCAAGCAAGAACAAUAAGAAUUCAACGAGAAUUUGAAACAGCUUCCAUAAGGGAAAAGGACAUCCAAGCACAACUUGGGAAAUCACUUUCUAAAAACAUCAUUCAACCUUCUGACCUACAGACGAUAAUUAGAAAACAAUUGUAUGAUAUAAGAUCAAGACGAAAAGUAGAUCAAUUUCUCGUAAAGAUGAAUUGGUUACCGUAUUCUGAAAGGUUUAAUUUAUUUAAAAAAGCAUUUGACCUCCCUGGAAUGCAGACAGAUUGUAGAGCACCAGCCCUUUCAGUUGUAAAAACAGAAAUUGAGGAUCAGUUGGAAAUGCUGAAAGAAUGUGUUGAAAUGAAAAAGCUUCCUGCUGAUGAAACAGGUCAAGAGUUUUUAUAUUUGGUAAGAAAUAAGUUUGAUGCUAUUUUCAAAGCCCAAUCAGCGAAACUGAAAGUAUUGCCUUAUCCUUAUAAGGAUAUAGACGAGAAAAAAGCAGAAUUGGCAUCAGACACUUUCACAUAUCUCAAGGAGUCUAGCUGGAAUAGAGAUGAGGAGUUUAAAUCAUCUCAAGUCUUUUUCCCUGAAUCCUCUUAUUUAGAUCAAAAACAAAGGAUUUUACUAACAAACGAUCUUCGGGUGGAUCCUCAAUUACAAAUUGAAUGUGGAUUUUUACAUACAACAGAAUUACAAUAUGCUCGUAAAAGGCUGAAGGAACAAUCAGACACUCAUUUUAAGAGAGCAAGAGUGGAAGAUGAAGUGCAAAAUUAUUUGAAUGAAGGAUAUGUAGCAGAAAGAAAAACUGCAGAAAGUGGAGAGGAAGAACAGUCAAGCAAUGAGAACAAGUCUUUAUAUAACAAAAUUUCAGCUUUGUAUUUAUUGAGAUUUAUUAGAAUAAGGGAAUUCAAGAGAAAGCUUCUUGAUUUGCUCAAUUAUUUUAGAUCUGUCGAAAAAAGAUUAUACUUUGAUUCUACUGGGUAUUCUAUUAAGCAAGGAGGGAAUAGUUCUACAUUUAUUAGAAAAUUCUUUGUUGCAGCCGACGAUCUGGAAAAAGCAACAAUAUCAGACUCUCUUCCAUUGGAUGUAACAUAUAGGGAUGAUAAGUAUUCUCUACAUUUAAAGAGGGAUGUGGUAGUUAGAGAUGCGAACGGUCUCAAAGUAAUGUAUGAUAGUGCCUUAAGCGAUUAUGAAGAACUGGAGGAACGGUUACUAAAGAUUGGAUCUUACUUUAUUGAAAGAAACCAAGCUACCCAUCCCAAACUGCAAGUUGACAGAUUUAUGGUUCUUGAAAGUUUAUUAGAAAGCGAGACUUGGUAUCAAGAUUCAAAGAGAAAGGUUAUUGAUUGUUAUAUGGAAGCCUAUGAACAUUGUUAUGAACCAAAAGAACAAGAACGUUUGGCAACUGCUAUUAUGAAAGUUAUGAGACAAACACCAAAAUUGAAUCUCGAGAGUCAAUAUUUUUCUGAAAGCUAUGCAUCUGAAAUUAUUUGUCAUGAGCUUUAUCACUCUUUACUGAAGGAUAUUAUCAAAGAACAAAUCAAAGAUGAGAGAGAUUACCUCUCAUUCAUUUAUGAAGCACUGGAACCAACCUCAGAACGGUCAGGUUUUCCAGACAAUAUUAAUACAGAAAAUUAUGCACAGACCGAACUAUUCCCUGGCUCCUCAAAGAUAGCAUUUUUAGACUUUUUCCCUUCUAUUGUUACUAUUGGCAGAAUACAUGAACAUCUAGAAAAAGUAGUUAACAAUAUUAAUGGUUCUUUCAAGUUUAAAAAUGUACUUUCUCUGAAUGCUGUUAAGAGAGCUGUUUUGCAGCAGUUAAUAGUGGAAUGGAAGCUUAUUUCUAAGGAGGAAAAGAUUCAAAGAGCACUCAAAAAUAAGCUCUCCGACGAAAUUGACGAUGCAAACUUAUUGGAGGAUCCAAACGAAUUAAUUUACAUGCUUGAGGGUGUAAUUGAAAACGAAAGGGCCAGUAAGCAUAACGAUGAUCAGGAAAAUGUUGUACAAAGAGAGACAGAAGGAGGAUACCACAUGAGUGAAAAGGAGUCAACUGCUCUACAAUGUUUUUCUAACACAAUUGAAAUGAUUACUCUGUGGAAACAACUCUCAAAAGAAUUACACGAAACAGAGAUUUUAUCUUCAGUUUUUAUUUCUCAAUCAAACAUGAUUGGUUCAACCCAACAAGUCACCAAUCCAACAUUAGCUCCUAUCAAUUUUGAUAAUAAGGAUCUAUUUAAUGAAUCAAGAAUGGAUACCAGUGAAAUAAGAGCUCAAUAUCUUACAAACCUUGCAAUAGUUGAGUUUGAUAGUUCUAUGGCUGAAGUUAAUUUUACAACAUUUGAUGGAAUCAAAAGGUUGGCUACUUCAGUUGGAUUGUUUGAACUUCGCCACGUAUAUCAAUACCAAUUACUCCAAAAGAUACUUUAUGAAACUGCUGUAAAGUAUAAUCAAACACCAAUGGAUGAAUACUUUGUCAAUCAAGAAAAGAAGGAAUUCUUUUUGACUUCCAUGAAUACUAAUAACGACACCUCAUUAUUCUUUACAAAGGAAGUUUUACAAGAAUUGUUCCUAUCCUUCAAUAAUAUGAAAGUUCCAAUCAGACAAAGAAUACUUAAAGAAUAUCAAAAAUUGUCUGACAGUAUCAUCAAAAGCAAAAGGGCCAACACUGUUAGAAGAUACUUGAGAGAACUUAAAUUUCGAUUAUCAGCUAGUUUUUGUAGUUCCAUGAUGGCUGCUAUUCAACCAUAUAUUCUCAAAUGUGAAGUUAUUGAAGUGGUAAAGGAAUACAGAAAUCUGGUUUCAACUAUUCCAGAAGAGAGUGGAUUUUCAUUGGGAAGACCUGAGCACAACGUGCAAGUUGCAUCUCAUGGUGUUGUUUCAAAGAAUAAGGAUGAUCACUCCAACAAGUGUGUUCUUGCUAAGGAUGGUGAGGUUGUAAAUAUAACUUAUGUUCCUCAUUAUGUUCAAGUGAUGCGAACAACAUUCAUUCAAGUCAAUGAAGAGGUAGAUCCUUCUAUCGAAAACUUCUCCAAUCUACUUCAAAUUUUACAAAGAAUUUAUUUGAUUUUGCGAUUCUGGACUGUGAGUAUUCAGGCAACUCAAAGACUAUACGAUGUAACUUUGAAUGAAGGAAAUGGAUUGUCAAAGCCACUAGGCGACUUCUGCAAAGCAUUAAUUUCUGAAUUAGAACAUUUACGUCAACCUGAAAAUCCUUUGUCUGUUAUAAUUUACUUGAGUUCUAAAUGUGAUCUCUUAUUCCACAAAUACCUACUUGUAUUGGAUAAUUUAAAACACAAGUUAAGGAAAGAAAAUAUGAACUCGUACACUAUUCCUGAGAAAUACUUUUUACAGCUUUGUAAUGAAAAAACAGAAGAGGCGAUAAUAGACUCUCAAUUCUUCACCUUUUCUCCUUGCUACAUGGAUGAAGAAAUAAGAAUCAAGUACAAAGGAAUCGAUUACCAAAAUGCUCAUAUCCUUCCUCUUUCAUGUUUAAAGUCUUUCCUUCUGGAUUUCCCUGACUCUGAGAGAAACUAUUUCUCAGCUGAAGAUGCGAAUGUUUCACUUUGUAUGGAAGAGUUACUAACAGAGGAGAAAGUCUAUGCAAACAGUAUGCCCGAACAAGCAAUUAAGAUUCAAGUAGAAUUUGUGAAAGCAUCAGUUCUAAUGUACAGACUAAGAGAUAUUUUCUUAGAAUUGAGUUGUGAAAAUUCCAAGUUGAUGCUUAUGGAUGAAGCAAAGAUGGAAGAUUUAUACAAUUUUACUGUAUUUAGAAAAGCCAAGAGGAUUUAUGAAAAGCAGCUCAAAGGUCUCAUUGCUACCUUAGAGCAAAAGACAACAAAUGACAUUUUUGAUGUAGCUACUCAGCAAAAAGCCAAAAGAAAGAGAGAAAAGGAGCUCAGAGAUAAGCAAGUUCAAAUUUUAUCGCAGGAAAUUUCAAAACUACUAAUCUCCAAACAUAUUCAAACAAUGAAAGAGAAUACUUCUGCCUUGAAAAAGGAGUUAUUCGCUAUGGAAGAAAAAGAUUUCGAUGAUACUACUUUGGACAGCAAGUUAGAUAUUUUCCACAACUUUUUAGAAACAUUGACCACCAGAGGAGGUAAAAGUACUUCGAAAAAUGGUGAAACAAUAAUUACUAUUUAUGAGAAAGAAUUAGAAAAAUCAUUGGAAGAAGUAGGACAAAAAAUUAGAGACUGGAAAAAUGAUUAUGUACAAAUUGUAGAAAGCAAGACAUCAGAAAUAGUCGAUCACCUCAAACGAAACUUGUUUUCUUCUGAGCAAAAAGUAAAGUUUUUACUUUACAAACGUGAUGUAGAUAGAAAAUCUCUCAAGCGAAGAAUUGACGCCGAAGUUGAUGAUAAGAAUUAUGAUCUAGUAUUUUUGGUUAAUAACAUUCUCUGGAAAAACAAAGAACUCGAUCACAGACUCAAAGAAGUCAAAUCAGAAGUAAGGAAAGAGCUUGUUGGUGAAUAUGAGGAUCUUGUACGAAGUCUUUACAAAGAACUUGUUUCCACCAACGGUAAAGUAGCUAAAUUCAAAAAGGAUUUCUUGCAAAACUUGGAUCAAAAGUUUUACGAAGUUAGAGAAAACACCUUCUUUGAAAUUGCUACCCAAAAAGAUUUUGGUGACGCCUCUUUCAAGAAGAAAGCUAUAGAUGUGGCAAUGGAAGACAGUGAGUUGAAUAAGCUUAGAAGAGAAAAUGAAGAUUUGAAAGUACAACACACUCAACUCCUAGCCUUACACAAAAUCAGAACAGUUUCUCUCCGAUCAAAAUAUGAAAAGUUGAUCAAAGAUGCAGAGCUUAAACGUGAUGAAGCCCUCAAAGAAUUUUAUGCAAGCAAAUAUGAGGUUGGACUUAGAGAAAAUCAGCUCAGACAAGAGUUACUCAAGACUCAACAACAACUCAGUAAUGCAGAAAUGGAAGUUGAACAAUUGAGAAAGGACUUGCAACUUCAAAUCAAGAACAAACAAAAACUUGUCAAUUGGAAAGUUAAAAAUGCUCAAUUAUUAGAAGAACUUGAAGAGAAGGUUGAGAAGUAUGAAAGAUGGAGUCAUACCAACGUAGAUAAGCUCUUACUAGAAUUGGAAGAAAAGAAGAGAGAGGCUGGUCACUAUGAAAAAUUGAAGGAAAGAAUGAAAGAAAAGACCAAUGCCAUCGAUUUCAAGAACCAAAAGACUAUAGAAACUCUUAAAAAGAAACUUGUUAAAGAGCAAAGUCUUAAAAGUAAGAUAAUGGAGCAACUAGAAACCUUAAAAGAUUACAGAGAUUCAACUGGACAAGUUGAUUGGCAAGGAAAAUACCAUUUAUUGACAGAAGAUUUCCAACAAUUAACAAAGGAAAACGCUAUUCUUAAAAAUGCUCUAGAAAGAUAUGCCAGUGGCCAAAAUGAAGAUGUUUCCAGUAUUUUAAUGAAUGCUCCUCUAAUGUUGGAUGGCAUAAAUGGUACUCCUUCUCCUCCAAGUUCUGGUAGAAAAACUGCUUCACCUUCAACACUUUUGAGACCAAUAACCGAAAGUGAAUCUCCACAAAAUGGAAUGAACGGAAUUUUCAUGAUUGAGCAAACAGCUGCAAAGAAAAGACCGGCCACAAGUGGUGCUGCAAGAGCACAAGCUAAGGCCAAUAGUAAUUCCAGUGUCACACAGCAACAAUUACAACAAUUCAAAAAGGCAUCUCAAGCUAUUGGUUCUAUUUCCACAACUUUGUCUCGCCCUUUAACAGUCCUACCAACAUAUGGCAAGGAUAAAUAUGGAGCUAUGCCACUCCAGAGUCGUCGUUCAAUGAGUGCAGGUGUAAGAAAGCAAACUCUCCUAAAUAAUGUAAAUAGUAAUGUCACUAGUACAGCUAACAGUGCAAGCACUAGCAAUAAUUUGGUUGCGAAUAGUCAACCUCAAUCCUCCCUUUUGUAA